UCAAACAAAACUAACUCUACAUUUCAUAUUCAUUAAGUUUCUAAACACUUUCAUAGAAAAUGGACUCACAAAAGAUGAGCUACAAUGCUGGACAAGCCAAGGGCCAAACUGAGGAAAAGGCUAGCACCAUGACAGACAAGGCUAGCAAUGCUGCUCAAUCUGCAAAAGAAUCCGUUCAAGAGGCUGGACAGCAAGCACAGGCUAAAGCACAAGGAGCUGUUGAUGCAGUGAAGAAUGCAACAGGGAUGAACAACAACUAAUUACAAUGAUCGAGCAAAAUGGAUGA